AUGGAGGUGGACAUGGACUCCCAGCGCAAGCUGGCUCGCACAUUGCUCAUUGAGCUCAUGGCAUAUCAAUUUGCCUCGCCCGUAAGAUGGAUUGAAACACAGGAUAUAAUCCUGUCCCGGAAAGAAUGCGACAAGAUUGUCGAAGUCGGGCCCAACAGCACGCUUGUUGGCAUGUUCCAGCGCACCCUCAACACCAUUUACCAGACCCAAGAAUGCACCCGGCCAGAGCCUCGGCGACUACUAAACUCAGAAAGAGACACAAAGGAGAUUUACUACGAGACGAUCCCAGACAGUCGCAAAGAACAGGCAAAUGACAAGAAGAAAGAGGUGACAAAACAAGAGAGCCAGGUCGCGGUGAAGCCAGAGGCAGUGAAGCAGGACGCAGUAUCGCCAGAUUCUGUACCCAGAACAGCACCUAGAGCUCCGGUGCAAGUCGACAUUGGCGAUGAGGGGGUGAAGGCGCAAGAUAUCCUGCUGACAGUCGUGUCGCGGGCACUUAAGAAAGCCCCGACAGACGUCGAUGGAACAAAGUCUAUCAAAGCCCUAGCUGGAGGUCGCUCAACUCUGGAAAAUGAGAUUAUCGGCGAUCUACACAGCGAGUUCGGUUCGUUACCCGACAGGGCAGAGGAUGUGCCUCUCACAGACGUAUGGACCUCCAUCCAGUCCAGCCACCCAGGCACGCUGGGCAAGGUAUCAACAGCAAUGAUAAAUUCCUUGUUUACCGCAAAACUCCCCAGUAACUUCACGACUGCCAUGGCUCGUGAUCAAAUGCGCACGCAAUGGGGACUACAACAGGGGCGCCAGGACUCGUGUCUGCUCCUAGCUGUCACACUGCAACCGGCAGCUCGUAUUGCCACGGAAGCUGAGGCAAAGGCUUUCAUCGACCGUGCUGUUGAAGGCUAUGCUGCCAAAGAGGGGAUCACACUUGGCCCUACAGGAUCCCAAGCUGACUCCUCUGGACCCGGCGUUGUCGUCGAUCCUGAAGCCCUUCGCGAGUUCUCGGAGUCUCAGAAGGCACUCUCGAGACAGCUGCUGGACAUUUAUGCCUCGCAUAUUGGACUGGACCUGGGCGAGGAUCGACGGACGCUGGACGCUCUUCGUGAGGAUGUGCAAGCCAAACUACAGGCCGAAUUGGACGUCUGGACUACGGAACAUGGCGAUGACUAUGGAAAUGGGAUUCGUCCCCGGUUCGACGCGCGCAAGGUUCGCAUGUACGACUCGGCAUGGAACUGGGGCCGCCAGAGCCUCCUUGAACUCUUCCAUCUCGCCUCAUCGGUACAACGAGGGGACAAUGUCACGUUGGACCGGAAUACUGUCUCGCAGACUUGCUACGGGAUUGCCAAUGCUGCCGAAGAGACAAUUCUGCCAGUCUUGCAAGAAAUGAUGACCGAACUGCAAAAUCAUACGACGCUCCAGUCCGUCUUCCACAAGCUAGAAGAGGAUUGCCGGCGAUCUCUACAAACUGGCCCCUUGUUUAAGGGAGCACCUGCGCAGCUGGCACCUUCUACAACGAUCGAUGCACAAGGAAGCCUUCAGUACUGUGAGAAGGAGCGCACUGUGUCCUCUCGCUUUGCAGCUCUAGCUAUGCCGACCUCGCAGAUUGCUGAGCCCUACCUUCACUUCAAGGAGAAGCACACACAUGGUUGGCAAUACAGUCGAAGCUUGACAAGUCAUCUCUAUGACACCUUGGACAGAGUUGAGAAAGACGGCGAGUCGUUCGCCGGUCAGACUGUGUUGCUGACUGGGGCUGGUAUCGGGUCGAUUGGAGCCGCCAUGAUCCGUCAUUUCCUCCAGGGUGGUGCCAGGGUAGUGACAACCACGUCCUCUCUCUCGCCAGAAGUGGCUCAAAAAUACCAGGCCAUAUACAUGGAGCAUGGCGCUCGUGGCUCUCAGCUGGUGGUAGUUCCGUUCAACCAAGCCAGCGUCCAGGAUGUGGCAGCCCUGGUGGAGUAUAUCUACUCUCAGAACGGGCUGGGGUGGGAUCUUGACUACCUAGUCCCAUUCGCCGCAAUUAGCGAGGCAGGUCGAAAGCUGGACUCGAUCGAUUCCAAGUCCGAGUUGGCCCACCGAAUCAUGUUGACCAAUGUGCUGCGUCUUCUGGGCACUGUGAAGAGCUAUAAGGAGAAACACCACUACCGCUCCCAUCCCACACAAGUCGUCUUGCCUUUGUCCCCAAAUCAUGGGACAUUUGGGGGCGACGGUUUGUACAGCGAGUCGAAACUGGCGCUGGAAACAUUGUUCAACCGCUGGCAUUCGGAGGACUGGCAGGACUACUUGAGCAUCUGCGGCGCGGUCAUUGGAUGGACUCGGGGAACUGGACUGAUGAGCCAGAAUGAUUUAAUGGCGGAAGGGAUUGAACAGGCCGGAAUGCGCACCUUUUCUCAGGAUGAGAUGGCAUACGCUCUUGUGUGUUUGUGCACGCAAACCAUCAAUGAGCUGUGCCAGGAACAACCCCUCUAUGCAGACCUGACAGGCCAAAUGGGGGGCGUGCAGAGGUUGCCGGAAAAGCUCCAGAGUCUACGCCAGGAUCUCAAAGACCGAAGCGAUAUCCAGGCCGCACUUGUCGCAGAGUCCUUGUUCGAACAACAGUGUCUUACUGCCAAUACGGGAAUACCUUCAGACGCUCAGCUGCCCAGCCUACAACAAAAAGCACACGUCCGCUUGGAUUUCCCUAUUGCUCUCGACUAUGAUCGGGAUAUUCGACCGUUGCAUCCCGAUCUCCAAGGGAUGGUCGAUCUGCACCGGGUAGUAGUUGUGACAGGGUUCUCCGAGCUUGGACCCUGGGGAAAUGCACGGACGCGGUGGGAAAUGGAGGCACAGGGCAAGUUCUCGUUGGAAGGGGCCAUUGAAAUGGCCUGGCUGAUGGGAUACAUUCGCCAUUUCACCGGCAUCGUUGAUGGUCAACCGUAUUCGGGAUGGGUCGACAGCGCAUCCAAGAAGCCGGUUGCCGAUGCCGAUGUUAAGCAAGUGUACGAGGAUCGCAUUCUCGCUCACACCGGCAUCCGUCUCAUUGAACCCGAAAACUGCGAUGGCUAUAAUCCUAGCAAGAAACAGUUUCUGCAUGAAGUCAUCCUGCAAGAAGAUCUCGAACCGGUGUCCGUGCCACAAGAUCUAGCGGAACAGUUGAAAUUAGAGCAUGGCGAACAUGCUGAUGUCCAGAAGUCCUCAACUCCAGACCUCUACCGGGUGCAGCUGCGCAAAGGAGCUAAGUUGUUUAUUCCUCGCGCGAUGCAAUUUGACCGGAACGUUGCCGGGCUAGUUCCUACGGGGUGGGAUGCUCGCACAUAUGGCAUUCCUGAAGAUAUCGUCACACAGGUGGACCGGGUGACUCUUUUCACGCUUGUUUGCACCGUUGAAGCACUUCUAUCCUCUGGGAUCACAGACCCUUACGAGCUCUAUCAAUACAUCCAUGUCUCCGAGGUCGGCACCUGCAUUGGUUCGGGCUUCGGAGGAGCAACCGCACUGUCGAAGAUGUAUGGUGGGCGUCGGACCGGCGAAGAGGUCCAAAAGGACAUUCUCCAGGAGACCUUUAUCAAUACCAUUGGAGCCUGGGUUAAUAUGCUUUUGCUCUCGGCCAGCGGGCCCCUCCGGACCCCAGUGGGCGCGUGCGCGACGGCAAUUGAGUCGCUGGAACUCGGCUACGAGACCAUCGUGACGGGCAAGGCCAAAUUCUGCCUGGUGGGAGGCUGCGACGACUUCACGCCUGAGGCAUCCUAUGAGUUUGCCAAUAUGAAGGCAACCAGUAACGCCCACGAGGAGGCGGCAAAGGGACGGGCACCCAGCGAAAUGUCCCGGCCUGCCACCAGCACUCGCAGUGGCUUUAUGGAAUCGCAGGGCUGUGGGCUGCAGGUUCUGACUACGGCUGAACUGGCUGUGCAGAUGGGCUUACCCAUCCGGGGAAUUGUCGCCUUUGCGAAUACUUCAAGCGACAAGGCUGGCCGGUCCGUGCCUGCUCCUGGCAAGGGCGUCUUGACCAAUGCCAAACAUGUGACUUCCAAGGUUCCCUCGCCGCUCAUGAACAUCCGCAAUCGCCGGAAGCGCCUCGAGUUUCGCCACCGACAGAUUGCUGAGGCCCGAGACAUGGCCCUACAGGAUCUUGACUUCGAAGUGGCUUCAGUGGUGGCCCAGGACCCCAGCGUGGAUGUGGAGGCAUAUGUGUCAGAGCGGCGCCGACAGAUCCAGGCCGACUUUUUACGAGAAGAAAGGGAGUCUCGCUUUACCUUGGGGAAUGACUUCUGGCGGAAUAAUCCCUACAUCGGUCCCCUAGCUGGUGCAUUGGCUGUAUGGGGACUAACGAUCAACGACCUGGACGUUGCCUCGUUCCAUGGCACCUCCACUGUACUGAACGAUAAGAACGAAUCAAGUGUGAUCCAGAAGCAGUUGAGCUCGCUCGGGCGCCGAGAGGGCAACCUCAUCCUCAGUAUUUUCCAGAAAUAUUUGACGGGACAUUCCAAGGGCGCGGCUGGGGCCUGGAUGCUGAAUGGAGCCCUGCAAGUCCUGGAUUCGGGCAUUGUCCCGGGCAAUCGCAAUGCCGACAACAUCGAUGUUGCAUUACAGGAGUUCGACCUCAUUGCUUACCUUCAGCGACCCUUGCACGUCCAAACCUUGAAGGCUGUCUCGAUCACCUCGUUCGGCUUUGGGCAGAAGGGCGCUCAGGCUAUCUGCGUACAUCCCAGGUACCUGUUUGCCACCCUGGAUCGAGAAGAGUACGAGGGAUACAUGGGACGCCUUGUGCAGCGGCAGAAGAAAGCCGAUGUGUAUUUCUACGAGGGAAUGAACGGGAAUUCGCUGUUCAGGGCCAAGACAGCGCCGCCGUUUGUGGCAUCGGAGGAGACAGCAGCAUAUCUUGAUCCAACUGCCCGAUUUGCGACUUUGAGUCUUCGAUCCUCGGCAUAA